AUGUUCGCCGACAGCUCCGACGAGUCCGAGGGCGACGACGCCCCCGCCGCGGCGCCCGCCGCCCCCGCCGAGGACAACGAGAAGAAGCGGCCGCUCGAGGAGGAGGAGGCGGCGGCGGGCGCCGCGCUCCCCUCCGCGCUGGACGCCCUGGGCGCCUCGGCGCCGCCGGAGUUCCUCACGGCGACGGCGAACGUCGAGGCGCCGCCCGAGGUCGCGCCGUCGGCGCCCGCGACGCAGCGCGUCGGCGUCGACGCCGACGCGAAGCUCGAGGCGGACCGGCGCGAGCACCUGUGCGAGCACGCGCUCCACGAGAAGCUCAAGGCGGACACGCAGCGGCGGCUGAAGAAGCGGCGCAAGGAGGAGCGCGAGGAGCGCAAGGCCCAGCCCGCCUACGAGCGCCAGUCCAUGCACGGCCAGAAGAUCGCCAUCUCCUUGGGGAACGAGCACGCGACGCGGCGCCAGACGGACGCCACGGGCGUGUCGAACCACGCCCCCGACGACGCGAAGGGCGUCAUGUCGCGCCGGUUCGACGCCUUGAGCGCUUUGAUCGUCGCGCCCGAGCGGUGGCACGUCGGCACGCCGAGCGCGUCGACGGCCUUGGCGACGGACCGCGUGCCCGUGUCGCCGAGGCCCGUGCCGAGCACGAGCGCGACGGGCGACCCGCUGCACCUCGUCGUCGCCGUGUGGCUCCUCGCCAUGGGCUCGCUCGUCGUGCGCCACGAGGGCGGCGUCGCCGCGACGGAGCGCGCCGCGGCGCAGGCGGAGGCGGAGGCGGAGCGGUCCGUGCGGCGCUACGUGGGCCACGAGGACGACGCGGCCAUCCUCGCGGCGCAGGCGGAGGCCAUGGCCGUGGCGACGGCCGCGGCGGCGCCGGCGGCGCCGUGCGCGGCGACGGAGGCGAGCGCGGCGGCGCUCCGGCAGAAGGCGCUCGGCCUCGAGGCGCAGCUGCGCGACGCGGGCGCGGCCCUCGCGCACGAGCGCGAGCGCGGCAAGGCCGCCCGCGCCGAGCUCGAGGCGCUCCGAGCCGCCGCGGCGCCGCGUCCCCCGGCGGCGCGGCGCCCCGCGCCGCCGCGGACUCCGCCGCAGAAUCCACCGCAACCGGUCGACGCCUGCGCGGACGUGCUCGAGGGCUCGCGCGGCUUCCGGGGCAUGCGCUACUGGGCCAGGGACCCCGAGCCGCGCGUGAGCCCCUACGCGGACUACGGCCCGUCCGCAAAGUACGUGACCUUCGAGCCGGACAACGGCGGCUGGAACAACAUCCGCAUGGCCUUCGAGACGGUGGCCGUCUUCGCGCACGCGACGGGGCGGACGCUCGUCAUGCCGCCGGCGCAGCGGCUCUACCUGCUCAAGGUGCAGCACGAGGGCAACCGGCGCGCGCACCACGGCGUCGACGCGUUCCUGAACUUCGACGCGCUGGGCAAGGUGUUGCGGGUCGUCGACACGCCGACGUUCCUCCGCGAGGCCGCGGGCCUCUUCGACCUUUCCCGGGAGACGAACGCGGCGACGGCCUCCGUCGACGCGCUCGCGGCGACGGCGAGGCGCGCGGGCGACGACGGCGACACGCGGGCGCGGCGCGACCUGCGCGAGUGGGAGCGGCGCGCGGCGACGUCGACGCCGCGCUGGGCGCCCAUGCGCGAGGCCGUGCUCUUCGGGUCCUGCGCGGCGCCGGACCCGCCCUGGCGGACCUUGGACGCGGCGACGUUCGCGACGGAGAAGCGGCGGCUCCGGCCGCUCGACGCGAAAGCCGCGGGCGCGGCCUGGGUCCACUUCGAGGCGAACGCGAGUUUCGGCUACCGCGUCUUCACGCACUGGUACACCUUCUUCCUCUUCGACGACGGUCCGACGGACGCGUACUACAAGCGCUUCGCGCGCGACGCGACGCGCUACCGCGACGACAUCGUCUGCGCGGCCGGCCGCGUGAGCCGCGCGCUCGCGGCCUUCGCCGCCGGCGGGUCCUACUCGGCGGCGCACAUCCGCCGCGGCGAGCUCCAGUACGUGUCCGUGCGCAUCUCCGCCGACGAGUGGAACGCGACGCUCAGCGAGUGGGUCGCGCCGCGCGAGGUGCUCUUCGUGCUCACGGACGAGGCCGACCGGGCCUGGUUCGCGCCCAUCGAGCGCCGCUUCCGCGUCUUCUACCUCGCGGACUUUGAACACCUGCUGGCGGACCUGGACGACCCGAACGCGCGGGGCAUGGUCGAGCAGCUCGUCGCGUCCGCGCCCAACUGCCGCACGUUCACGGGCACGUUCUUCUCGACGUUCUCGUCCUACGUCGCGCGGCUCCGCGCCUACUACGGCCACGCGGAGACGACCUUUUUUUACGCCGCGCCGCCCGUGAAGAAGCGCGUGCUCCACGAGGCCGUCGCGCCCCACUACCCGUUCUUCAACCGCGAGUGGCCGCUCGCGUGGGAGGGCAUGGACAAGCCCGCGCCCGUCGCGCGCGCGCCCCGGCCGCGGCUCCCCGACGACCUCGGCAUUUUGGACUUGCCGCCAGAGGGCGGCGCCUAUCCGACGGCCAAGGUCAAGGCGGCCCAGGAGAAGGAGCGGCUCGCGAAGGAAAGGGCCGCUAAUAAGGUCCUGCGCGUCGCGGCCAUCGCUGCGGCGCUCGUCGCGGCGCGCGCCGGCGCGAGCGACUGCUACACGCUGACGCUGCGCGAUUCGUGGGGCGACGGCUGGAACGGGGCCGAAUGGGUCUUCCAGGCGAACGAGACAUUCUCCGAGGGCACGCUGGAUAGCGGCCUCGUCGAAGAGGUCUCGCUCUGCGUCGCGUCCGCGCCGACGUGCUUCGCCUUCGAGGUGCGUCCCGGCAGCUACGACAGCGAGAUCUCGUGGGACUUCGACCUCGUCGACGUCGAGGGCGGCGCGGCGCCCUUCGCGCGGACGGAGUACUGGCUGCUCGCCGACGGCCGCGUCAUCGAGAGCGCCUGCGACGAAGAGCCGCUCAGGCCGAGCGCCGCGCCGACGUACACGCGCGCGCCGACGCACUCCGUCGCGCCGACGGCGUCGCCGCCGCCGUCGGCGGCGCCGACGGGCGACGACACGCCCGUCCUGUCGUCCGGCCGCCUCCAGGGCCUCGUCGACGCCGCGGGCUACGCUUCCUACGGCAACGCGACGGACGACUGGAACGCGUCCGUGGCGGAGGACUGGAACGCCGAGGACGUGGCGGCGCUCCUCGCCGCGUGCCCGCGGAGCUGCGGGACCUGCAACGCGUUCGCCUACGACGACCCCUUUGGCGCUUCGCCCGUCUACGCGCUCGGCGCGGUCGUCGUCUUCGACGAGGCCGUGCGCGUCGCGGCGACGUCCGUCGUCGUGCGCGGCUCGAACGCGUCCGUCGCCCUCGCGGGCGGAGCGACGCGGCUCUUCGAGGUGACCUCGGGCGGCGCGCUCCGCCUCGAGAACCUCGCGCUCCGCGGCGGCGCGCCGUCGCUCGGCGACGGCGGCGCGGGCGACUACUUCGUCUUCGCGAACUCGCGGAACGCGACGGACCCGCGGAGCCGCGUCGCCGUCGCGAACCUGGACGUGGACGCCAUGGUCGUCUGGGACUACCAGGUGCCCAACGCCUUCAUCUACGGCGCCGACCGCAUGCCCACGGGCAACGUGCCGUCGCUCUACUGGCCGACGACGAUGACCGACGACGUCGCGUGGCGGGCGGCCGUCAUCGAGGUCGCGCGGCCCGUCGACGGCGGCCAGCCCGCGUCGGCGUUGGACCUCGAGGUCUACGGCACGACGGGCGACGCGACGCGAUACGGCAACGACCCGACGCUCGAGGAGGUCGUCGGCUGGGCGGCCGAUUCCGUCGAGAAGUUCUUCGACGAGCCGUUCGCGCCGAGCGCGUCCCGCGCCGCGAGGGCGCGGUCGUUCGCGUCGUCGCUCCAGAGCACGCCCGCGGCGGCGUUGGGCUUGUACUGGAGCAACGCGGUGGGGCCGCCGGCGACGUCCGUGGUUUCCCAGGUCGUCCCAGAGAAGCCGUCCGCCUGGUAG